CAGAGAUUCCACAACUAAUAAAAGUUUGUGUGGUGCAACUGGCCGGUUUCCAGCUUUUUUCAUGAAUUACAAAACUGAACUCUUACAAGGGUUAGAAACUUGGGACAUACGAAAGAUUUCUGAGCUUCCUCAUAUUUUUGAAUUGGGAUCCAAAAUAUAUUACAUACAGGGAUCAAGUAAUUUCCAGUAUGGUGGUGAGUCUGGGUCUUUUAUAUCUCUUGAGAAGAAGAGAAGAGCAGACAACACUGACAGAGGACAUGGCCAUGCAUGCACCGGCCAUCCAAGGCGGCAUCUCAACUUUUACCAAAGGAAAGAAAACGCCAGCAUCAAUCGGGAUGGCAACCACAUUGUAAGCCGUAGCAAACAUGUAAUUCCAUCUAAUCCAAGCUAUGGUCUUUCUUGAGAGAUCAAUUGUUGUGAUGACGUCCUCCAACUUUGACCGAUUAUAUAUUUA